AUGGCUCGACUCCUCCCAGUUCUCAUCAUCUUGUUUUCAUACCUGUUUGCGUCUGCUGCUGCGGACAAUGGUAAUUAUUUCGUCUACCCUGCAAAAGCCAAUGGCAGCUCGAGUCGUAUCUCUACUACGUUAUAUGAAGGGACGAGCGUAGUAGUACAGUGGGAGACGACAUGGAAAUCUGUGGGUCUAUGGCUCACACAGGAAGGCAAUCCGAUUCCCUUGCCUUUCCCAGAUGCACAAAAUUUGGAUCCAUAUGUUCAUCUCUUCCCAUGGACCGUGGAUCUAAGCGGAAAGAACGGCAACCCAGCAUUUGACCUCUCUAAGAGAGACACCUUCUACUUCUCGAUCAUUCAGAAUGGAACUAUUGGAGCUGGAGUCUUUGGGAGUUUUCAUAGCGAACCGUUCAUUAUCUCGAACACUGGCGUUUCAUCUGGCUCUGUAACAAAACCAUCGAAAACAUCUAUACCUUCUGAACCCUCGCCGUCUACCUCUGCCGAGAAGAAUUUUGCUCUACCGUCAAGAAGAUUAAGCUACGGGGCUUCUUGCGAGCAUUUUUAUGCAACUCAUGCGCCAUUAACACCAACAACAAAUAUCCACCAUAUCGACUCCAACGUUCAUCUCAAUGCUAAACGAAGGUUGAAGGACUCGGAGGAGGUGGGCCAUAGCGAUGUUGGUAGCUCUGAAAGGAGAUAUAGUAACCCGGCCUUACAGAACGACAGCACCGCACCUGUGCCAUAUAGCUACCGUGGUGUCCUUGAGCUAUGGAAGUUCGUGGCCUUUGUACAGACCAAAGAAGAGCACGAGAAGGCAUGGGUGCGCCUGUGCGAAGAGUUCAAUGAUCAAAGGGCCAUUUUAGCGUAUCUUUAUAAGACCUAUUUGCCAUUAAGUGCGCAGUGGGCUCAUUGCUUCAUCAAGAAAUAUCACAAUUUCGGCAUUAGGGUGACCUCCGGCAUAGAGGCCAGCAACAACAAUGUCCAAAGCUAUUUGCUGAACGGAACGUGCCAUUUAUACAGGCUUGUUGAGGCGAUUGAGGGUAUGCUGAUCGAUCAGGAGCGGGGUUUCAUCGAUAUCUGCUCGCAAGGCGAAGUACUGACCGCAGGGUCAUACUCUGGCCCUGGGUCAGAAUAUCUGGGAGAAUUUCGCAUGGUGAUGUCCCAGCCAGGACUCGAUCUGCUCGCCAAGGAACAACGCCGUGCUUUAAAAUCGAUACCGAGUAGUGUCCUUAGCCCGAGCCGAUCGGAGAUUGUAACGAAGAUGUACUAUCUCUUGGUAAAUGGGGAUCCUCUGCCGUCAUACAAUCUAUAUCAAAUUGGAAGCAGGGAUAUUCUUGAUGAGAUGGGAUGUCCACCCUCGGUGGCACCCGAGGGAGUCUAA